AUGUCUCGAUUUAUCCUUUUGUGCAGUUUCUGGUACACCACCUCUGCACUUUCGUCAAAUACCGGAAAGACCAUCCUCAAUCAAUGGAAUCACCCUGUCACCCUCACCAUCAUACAAUUCGCAUUCGUCGCCGGUUAUUGUCUACUCUUCAUGUCGCCAGUCAUCCAAUUUACAAAAUUGCGUCCACCAACUGGCGCCAUUUUGCGAAGCACAUUGCCCAUGGGCAUGUUCCAAGUUGGUGGCCACAUGUUCUCUAGCAUUGCAAUUUCCAAAAUACCCGUCAGCACUGUUCAUACUAUCAAGGCUCUAUCUCCACUGUUUACCGUUGCCGCUUACGCCAUGCUUUUCGGCGUCAAGUACUCCCCAAGGACGUACUUCUCUCUACUCCCCCUGAUCAUUGGCGUCAUGCUGGCAUGUACGUUCGAGUCCGCCUCAAAUCCGACAGGUCUCCUUUGCGCAUUCGGUUCUGCCCUUGUGUUCGUCAGUUCCAACAUCUUCUUUAAGAAGAUUAUGCCAUCAGGGUCUCAGGCAUCGUCCCACAAGUUAGACAAACUCAACCUGUUAUUUUAUUCUUCGGCCAUGGCAUUCGUAUUGAUGAUCCCGAUUUGGUGUUUCACCGAUCUUCCCCUCCUCGCUGGCGACUCCGUUCAUGUUACGCACCCGACUCGUGGACACGAGGCUCCUCAUUCUAUCCCAUAUUAUUUCUUCAUGAACGGCACCGUCCACUUUGCGCAAAACAUCAUCGCAUUUGUGAUCCUUUCCAGCACGUCACCUGUGACGUAUUCUAUCGCCUCCCUCAUCAAGCGCGUCGCUGUUAUCUGUAUCGCCAUAGUAUGGUUCAACCAGAGCGUACAUCCCAUGCAGGGCCUCGGUAUCGGGAUGACCUUUCUCGGUUUAUACAUGUAUAACACGGCGAAGAGUGAUGUUGAGCGAGGGGAAAACAAAAUGCGCAGGGUAGAGGCGACGCGAGACAUGAUGCUUCCCAUUAAUCGGACUGAGGAGAAGUUAUUGAAUGGAAGCUCGCCGCCAACCCCCAUCCCCGCCACAGGAACGGGGGCACAUCCUGCUACUGGCCGACCGCGGGUGCAGAUUUCAACAAAUGCGCAUUUACACCCAGAUUCGCACGGAAACGGGCAUGGGUACGGGCAUCCUAACCCGCAUAUCCAAAUUUCUCCCCAGGACACGUCGUCCAUCUUCUCAAAGCGAAAUAUUAUUUCGCCCACAGAGCCAUAUCCCUCGCCUCCUCCCUCCAUAGACUCGCCGCCUUCCAAUACGGUCCCUAUUGGAUAUCAGCCCCCACGUAUACAGCAGCAUUUCGGGAUGGAGUCGUUCACUGUGGGACACGUUACUGCUUAG